AUGGUCUUGGUUUAUUCUCUUGGUCAUAUCUCUGGUGCUCAUUUCAAUCCUGCCGUCACCAUUGCUCACGCAUCAACCAAAAGAUUUCCACUCAAAGAGGUACCAGCUUAUUUAAUAGCACAAGUUCUUGGAUCCACACUUGCAAGUGGAACACUUAGACUUAUAUUCAAUGGCGAUAAAAAUCAUUUCUCCGGAACACUUCCGGCUGCUUCUGAUCUUCAAGCAUUUGUGAUUGAAUUCAUAAUUACUUUUUAUCUUAUGUUCAUCAUCUCUGGAGUUGCUACCGAUAAUAGAGCGAUUGGUGAAUUGGCUGGACUUGCAGUUGGAUCUACCGUACUUCUAAAUGUCAUGUUUGCCGGGCCAAUUACGGGAGCAUCAAUGAACCCUGCAAGAAGCUUAGGGCCUGCUAUUGUUCAUAAGGAGUACAGAGGAAUAUGGAUAUAUUUAAUCGCAACGACUCUUGGUGCUGUGGCCGGUACAUGGGCGUAUACUUUCAUUCGGUACACGAACAAGCCGGUGCGCGAAAUUAGUAAGAGUGCAUCUUUUCUUAAAGGACUACAAAAUGGUGAAGCAAAGUGA